AUUUAGCAGGACGAUUGAUUGCGCGCCUGACUCAACUCGCUAUCGUGUUGAACUUCCAGUUACACAUCUCAACAGCGUAAUCAUUGAGAAAAUGGCCAACACCGUCGUUUUCAUCACUGGGGCAGGAAGAGGCCUUGGCAGAGCCCUCGUCGAAACCUAUCUGCAACGACCUAAUCAUACUGUCAUCGGAACCGUUCGGGACAGCACCUCUUCCGCCUACGAUGACCUUAAAAACUCUCCAACAGCGUCGGGUUCAAAGUUGAUCCUUCUCUCGCUGGAUUGCUCACGACUAGAGGACCCAGCAAAAGCCAUUGAAGCCGCGUCGAAUGCCGGGAUUUCGCACAUUGACCUCCUCAUCGCAAACGCCGCUAUUGCGUCGGCCGGAGAACCUCAAUCCCUUGCCCUGAAGGACGUCGUUGACGUUUUGAACGUCAAUGUCAUCUCUCCUAUCGCUCUCUUCCAGGCCGCCAAGCCUCUCCUCGACAAGUCUGCGAAGCCCAUCUGGAUAUCGGUGAGCAGCAUUGCUGGCUCGAUCGCAUCGAUAAAAGAACAGAAAUUUACCCAGUUCCUGCCAUAUUCCAUGUCCAAGACGGCAUUGAACAACUUCACUGUGACUCUGCAUGGCGCAGAACCUCAUCUUAUUGCCUACGCAAUUCAUCCUGGUUUUGUUCAAACGGACAUGGGAAAUGCGGGGGCGAAGAAAAUGGGAUUGGAAAAAGCUCCUAAUACUGUCGAAGAGAGUAUUGCGGCAAUCGUUGCUUCGGCUGAUAAGGCGACUCGAGAGGAGACUUCUGGGAAAUACUUGGACGUGAUAUCGGGUCAAGAGCUACCGUGGUAGAGGGGUAAGAUAUGCCAUUGAACGACAGAGGACCAACCCUUGGGAAGAGAUAGGUUCGCUGUAGGGUAGCAUUAGAUCCAUGGACUGUUCACGUGGGA